AUGCUUCUGUGGUGGGGUCCGAUUGCUCAGCGCAUUCCCGUAGUCAUUUGCGGCGCCGCGCCCACGCACCCAUUGAUCGACUGCCCGUUCGUGGUGGCUCCUGAAGCGGCCCUUGUUCGACGCAUACACCCGCCAUACGAUCUGAGCAUACGCCCACAUAUAGAGGUUCUUGCUGACAACACGAUACCUCCUCGUGCAUCCUCCUCAGGUGCGCUUUCGACGCUCAACAAACUUGCGGCCGAGCAUACCGCGGUCGCCAUCAUCCACAGCGGCGACUUUGGCUUCUAUGGUCAGCGCGACACACCGUAUUCUGGAACUAGACCAGACAGACGGACGGCUACUGAUGCUUUGCUCUUGAAUGGCGUAACCCCCUCCGCGUUCCCUCGAUUGCCCCUUUGACAGAACCCUCCUCGCUCCCCUCCAUCUCGGACCGCACGCUCCGACACCUCGUGCAGUACUCGUCCCUCAUUUCCCCAGCCUUUCGAUCGGCACUGCUCGCCCCCAACGUACAACCGGCCCAACUGCGCGAGAUGCUAGCCUCGCCGCCGCUCAAGCUGCCGGGUGGCGCACCGGGGCCAACCGUCGACGACCCGUCCUACUUCGGUCUGUCUGACUUCCCCAAAUUGUUGGCCGGCGAGAUCAAGUUGCGUGUGCCCGUCUACACCGUGUGGGGAGCGUGCGAGGAUGUCGCCGUCCUGGAGAAGAUCCGACUCGCCGCACCUUCGUUCCUCAACGUCCCCGCUUCGGCCGAGGAGCUACAGGCCGCGACCGGUGCAGGUGAGGGACCGGCAGGGAGAUCCAACCUCACCACGACCUACGGCUACUCGAUCCCGAACUUGACCGUCUUGGACGAAGCAACGACGCGCGUCCUGCUCAUCGGUGGCGUCCGUCUCCGUCUCUUCGGUCUCGGCGGUGCCGUCGUCUCGCACAAGCUGUUCGACAACGGCACAGGCAACGCGACCAUCGCCGGUGGAGGUGGCACGAUGUGGACCACGGUCCUGCAGGUCGGUGAGCUUGUCGACACGGCACAAAAAGUGUACGACGCGACCGAGACUCGAUUGCUGGUCUCUCACGCCUCGCCCGGGAGGGAAGGGCUCUUGGCUCAACUUGCUCUCGUGCUCAAGGCCGACUUGACCGUCUCGGCCGGUCUGCACUUCCGCUACGGCGUUUCGUACAACGAGUUCAGCGUCCAGCAUGAUCCAGAGGCGUACAAGCUCAAAUUGGAAUACGCCAAGAAGGGCUUUAACGAAAUUUGGGACACCGUCAAGAGUCAGGUCGAAAGUGUCGUCGAGUGAGUUUUCGGAAAUGCUCCAUCCGGGCACGAAACAGAUGGACUGAUGAAGCACACUUUGCUUCCUGACAGUCAAAACCAACGUGUCUUGCUCAACAACGCUCUCGCUGUUGCCAACCGAGUGCCCAGCUCGGGCGCUCCCAGUGGUCCCGCCGGAGCCGCAGGGACGACGAACGCGACCGAGGAGACGGCAUGGAAGAAUUGCUGGAACUGGAACCUCCCCGAUGCGGCGUACGGCUCACUCCUUCUUGACAUUGUGGAUGGUCGGAUCGGUAGUGAAAUGCGAAGCCAAGGCUUCAACUUUGCGUACCGACAAAACAAACCCGCACCUAGUGCUCCCGCCGCCGCCACUGCAUCUUCGGGUGCUCAAACCUCUUCAACUCAGAAUGCUUCGACAACCGCACCCAAAUCGGCUGAGACUAAAGUCGAGACGACCUCGGUUCCAGCCCAAGCUCCCGUAGCUCCUCCUUCGGCAACUGCCGCCUCGGCGAACCCCAACGUCGCCCCCCCUACGGGCCCUUCGCACGGCGGACCUGGUGCUCACCGAGGAGGACGGGGAGGCUAUGGUGAGCGAGGCGGCCGAGGCGGGUUCGGUCCCAAUGGUCGAACGGCUUCGGGUCGAGGUGGGGCCGCCGUGGGUCGUUCGAACGGAAGUUGGAGUAGUGGUGGGGAACGAAAUGGACCAGAGGGUGGGUUCCGAGGGGAGAGGAAGGAAAGGAAUGAGACGGCGGCGGCAUCAAAUGGGCCCAACAACACGAACGAGUCGAAGGUACCUGCUUCGGGGGUGGCCAAGGAUGGUGAUCGAGCAGCGGACAAGAAGAUCGAGGCGACGAGUGCCGCGGCUGAGAAGGAGGAGGGAGUUUCUUCGACACCGACGACACCUUCGGCACCGGGAGGUGGACGAGGAGGACAUAAUGGGAGGAGUGAACGAGGGGGCCGACAUCCUCGAGGUGGUCAGGCAGGACACAAGUCCGGCGGUGGUGGACAGCAUUCGAGCUCGAGUGGAAAUGGAGCCAAGGAGAAGGAGGCGAACAACGAGUCGUCGACGGCUGCUCCUGCCACGCCUGUCGCUUCUGGUGCUGCAUCGGGCGGGGGAGAGGCUUCAUCGUUUGAAUCAGCGGCAGCAGGUGCGCCGACGACUGGUACCAGUGGACAUGGCGAGAGGGGAGGUCGGGGUGGUCGAGGUGCUGGUCGAGGACGAGGUGGAGGACGAGGCGGCCGAGGCGGAGGAAACCAUCAUCAGACCGCUUCGGGCGGCGUUGAGCGUGGUGAAGGGUGGAACUCGUCCCCUGUUCCCGAGGGAGGACGGGCAAACAGGAAGGAGAACAACAACAAUGACGAGGGUGGAAAGUCCAAGGGUGCUGCUGGUGAAGGGGAAGGCUGGUCCGCGCCGUCAGAUGCUCAGGAGGGAGGCCAAGGAGGGUGGUGA